GGAGAAGCUGUCAACAUGAAUGCAACUGACAACGGGGUCAGUAGUCUCUGUGCAAUAUGUGGAGACCGAGCGACUGGAAAACAUUAUGGUGCUUCCAGCUGUGAUGGAUGCAAAGGAUUCUUUAGACGCAGUAUACGUAAAAAUCACGUCUAUACAUGCAGAUUCAACCGGCAAUGUAUUGUUGACAAGGACAAAAGGAAUCAAUGCAGAUAUUGUCGUUUAAAAAAGUGUUUUCGAGCAGGAAUGAAAAAAGAAGCUGUACAAAAUGAACGGGACAGAAUAAGUACAAGAAGAAAUACUUUUGAUGGCUGCAACAUUCCCUCUAUCAGUACAUUGUCACAAGCUGAGACACUCUCCCGUCAGAUCUCAGCCUCCAGUCCUGGUGCUAGCACUGACAUAAAUGUAAAGAAAAUUGCUGGUAUUAAUGAUGUCUGUGAAUCUAUGAAGCAACAACUACUGGUUCUGGUGGAAUGGGCUAAAUAUAUUCCAGGCUUCUGUGAAUUACCACUGGAUGACCAGGUUGCCUUGCUAAGAGCACAUGCUGGGGAACAUCUGUUGCUUGGAGCAGCAAAACGGUCCAUGGCGUAUAAGGACAUUUUACUUUUAGGCAACAAUUACAUAAUCCAUCGCAACAGUACUGAAGUAGAGAUCAGCCGAGUGGCAAAUCGGAUUCUCGAUGAAUUAGUUCGACCCUUCCAGGAAAUUCAAAUAGAUGACAAUGAGUAUGCUUGCUUGAAAGCGAUUGUGUUUUUUGAUCCAGAUGCAAAAGGCCUGAGUAAUCCAAUGAAGAUUAAGAAUAUGCGGUUCCAAGUCCAAAUCAGUUUAGAGGAUUAUAUUAACGACCGCCAGUAUGACUCCCGAGGAAGAUUUGGAGAACUUCUGCUUCUACUGCCUACACUCCAGAGCAUCACCUGGCAAAUGAUUGAGCAAAUACAAUUGGUUAAACUAUUUGGAAUUGUUAAAAUUGACAGUUUGCUUCAGGAAAUGUUACUGGGAGGUACUUCCAAUGAUGCCAGUCAUCUGCAUCAUCCAGUACAUCCUCAUUUAGCACAAGAUCCAUUAACUGGCCAAACUAUCCUCAUAAGUUCAAUGUCUACUCCUGUACAUACAGAACAGAUUUCAACUCCAGAAACUCCAUUACCUUCCCCUCCUCAAGGCUCUGGGCAAGAAUACAAAAUGUCUACAAAUCAGGCUUCAGUCAUUGCACAGCAAUCUAUUUUGAAACAAAAACCAUUGUGA